GGCGCAGCCCGACCCUGCCCGACCGGAACCGAAAAUCGUAGAACUCAGUCGAGACUCUCGAGCCAUCCGUGCCGACGCGAUUGGUCUGAGUGAGAAGGUGCACGAUGCACUACGCAUCCCUAAAAUCUCGCCGAAGCCGGUCGAAACCCUCGUGGCGCAGCUCCUGCGAGAAAGAAAGACCCUGCCCGACUGUCAGAAGGAAAGAGAGGAGUUGCAAGUAAAAAUCGAGAUCGCCGAAGAUGAUUCGAAAAGACGAGAAGCAUCAUUAGCGGAAAAAGAGACUCUACUAAGAAAACAGACGAACGACCUACGGGCUUCAGAGAGUAGGAUCGACGCACUCGAGAGGGAAGUACGGGCGUGUCGCGAAGACGAUUCGAAAGAGCGGAUUCCAGACCUCACCGCCGAACUCGAAAGAUGCCGCCGAGAUCGAGAAACGGUAAAGGCAUCCGCCCAAAGAAACCUCGAGAGCAUGCGUUCGGAUCUCCGUAACGCACAGGACGGGACGGCAAGAGAGAGACUCGUGCUGUCGCAGAGAGAAAAAGAGAUAGAAACCCUCCUCCGAGACUCGACCUCGGAACGAAAGAUGGCCGAAGCGUCGCAAAACGACCUCCGAGCACGGCUGAAGGCAUGCGAGGAGGACGUCGGUUCUCAGCAUGAUCCAGGGGUCAUCGAAUCCCUGAGACAGGAGCUUCAUAAUCGCGAGACAGAGAUCGAGGACAUGAAGAAAACCCACGAUACUCUCACCGAAACGCUGGCGAAGACGCAGGCAGAAAAAGAGGCUUUCGAACGGAGACAUGCGGAGUCGGCGGCUCAACAGGGGGCUCUGGCCUCCGCACUGCAGCGCGUCGAUGCACUGAGCCGGCGAGAGAUAGAAGGGAGAGAAGAGCUGCUCCGCAAGGUCCUCCAGGCCGUCAAGGGAGGCGCCGAAGCAAAACUGGCUAAAAAGCACCUGGACAAGCACAUGAGGACGAAAGCCCGCCAAGGGGCCGUCUACCGAACUCGAGGGGACCUGAACGCCGCGGUCGGGCGCUACGUGCGGGACCAAGGGGGUUCUCACGUCACCGUCUUCGGCCCCGACACCCUCGAAGACGAGCUGCGAGGGCUCCCGGUGUUCCUGGUCUGUCCCAGCAACAACGUCCCUCCUCCGGACUGGAAGGACCGCAAGGUGCUCUUCGUGAGCAAAGAGGGACUCAUAUCUAAUGCACUGAAGGCGCUGAGAGAGGAGCGCGGCCGAACGGAAGUCGACUUCCUCCUGACGGAAGACGAUCUACGAAAGCUACCGGAGGGGGGUCUUCGGACCCUGCGAGACAUCGCCGCGAGAUCUCGGAAAUAA